CAGGAAGGCUAGCUGCGCUACAAGUUAGAGCGACCAAAACAAACGAUGACAGCCGAGCAGAGAAGACGAAAACAGCUCGGAUUAACCCGGGAAUUGUUUUGAUUUAAACAUUUUGUCAGAGUUUUGACAUUGUGCCAGCAAUACAUGAUUUUUGCGCGACUAAACUCGACCGAGCAGCACAUUUUAUCCACUAGUUUCUGAGCUCGGAAGCAUCAGCGCUUCCCAUGUUGGCUAGCGUUAACUCACAGCCCUGCUAACUAGCUCUGCAGGAGCGAGCUGGCAACAACUGGUUUAGACAGAACACGAGUCAAAACAUCGAUUAAGGGGAAAUGCAAGAGUUUAUUUGGUAAAGGCUGAACGCGUUCAGGCUGAGCGUGAGCGUUUCUGUGGUGGUUGUUGCUCCACAGCCAGGAUGAGCUGGUUCAACGCCUCCCACCUGUCCAGCUUCGCCAAACAAGCCCUGACUACAGCCCAGAAGUCCAUAGACCGGGUUCUGGACAUCAAGGAGGAGGACCAAUGGGGGGACACGGUUGUAAUGCCAUACAACGACGUUUCAUUACCCGAGAAGCUUUCAUUAAGUGGAGGAUGGGGGAUGACUCAGUGGGAGGCACCUGUUGAAGAAAAGACCACCACCACUCCUCCCUCCUCAGGGGCCAUCACUACUCCUGUCACUCGUACCGUUGUGGAUGAAUCUGAAAACUUUUUCAGUACAUUUCUACCACCGGGAGAUGCAAAAGCUGUCAACAAAACACAUGUUGUGUCUGUGCCCCCUACUAAGUCUCAAAGACAACCUCAAGAGAAAGACAAGGAAAGCCAAGAAGCUGUGGUUCAGGCCCUAAAAACUGAGAGUGAGAAUACUGUGUCUUUUCAUCAGUCUGUUGAGACAGAGAAAGUCACUGAGAGGAACCUGGAGGAGCCCGAGUCAUCACCAGCACCACUGUGUGCAGACACUAUCCUUCAGCCAGUUUCUCCAACUUCUUCUUCCGCUGAUGUCAAUUGUAUCCUUGACAGUAAAACAAGUGACGUAAAAACAGACGUCAGUUCAAUGGUUUCCGUGGAAACAAAAACAGAGCCCUCAGACUCUGUGUCGGAGCACCAGAUGGAACAGUUUACAUCAAAUACAUCUGAAGCUAAGAGCAAUAUUCCUGCAGAUUCUUCAACCUCCACAUCCUCCAAAGAAGCUCUCCCAGAUCAUAAAGAUUUAAAGGUGGAAGACCGUCAAAGUGAUACACCUUCUCCUCCAGUCAGCGCUUUCUCCUCAGGAACCUCUACUACUAGUGACAUUGAAGUGCUUGACCAUGAGAGUGUGUUGAGUGAAAGCUCAGCCAGCUCCAGACAAGAAACUGGGGAGAACAAAACUGGGCUCCACUUAAUGCAGGGAUCCUUCCAGCUUCUCACUGCCUCUACCUGUGGAGAUUUUACCCAACUAGAAGACUACCCUAAACUUACUGAAAGCUGUGGUUCCUCCUCGGAUGCAUUUGAGCGAAUCGAUUCAUUUAGCAUGCAGUCGCUGGAUAGCCAGAGUGUCAGUGAGGUUAAUUCAGAUGAUGAGAUCCCUGGCAAUAGGACGCUAGCGUCUGUCACUGCACGUCCUGCUUCUUUAGCAAUGUCAUGUCAGAAGCAGGAAGAUGGAGUAGUGGAUAAAGAGUUUGAGGGGGAUGAGGGGGGUGAGGGUGAGGGUGAGGGUGAGGGUGAGGGUGAGGAGGAGAGAUGUCCUGAGAGGACAAGGGAUCAGUCACUGGAUGAGAUGGAGGAAAGCGGGCGAAGUGCGACACCGGUGAAUAGUGAGCAGCCUGAAGACUUGACAGAACUAGGAAGUGAGGCUAAUUUUACAGAGUUUGUUUCCACCUCCAAAGCUGAAGAACAGAUCACUCCUCCAAUCACAGCAGAGAUGAAGAGCGUUUCCACCGUUCAGAUAUUGGAACUUCAAAAGGUCAUUGAUGAUUUGUCAAAUCGCCUUGAGAAGAGAGAGUCUCAGCUGUUGGCACUUAGUAAAGACAAGGCCAAGUUGGAGGAGGAUUGUGACAAUUUCAAAGAUGAAGUGUUAAACCUGAAGGAAGAGAACUCGAUUGUUCAGUCCCUAAAAGAUGAGUUCACACAGCGUAUAGCUGAUGCAGAGAGAAAGGCUCAACUGGCCUGCAAAGAGAGAGACAUUGCCAAGAAGGAAAUAAAGGGCCUACGAGAAGAGCUUUCUACAAGACUAAAUACCAGUGAUACAAUAGAGAUGAUCAGAGAGAAGGAGGAGCAGAUCAGAGGUCUACUGGAAGAGGGUGAAAAACUGUCCAAGCAGCAACUCCAGCAUAGCAACAUUAUCAAGAAGCUACGUGUGAAAGAGAAGGAAAGUGACACAAAGAUCAUAAAACAACUGAAAAAAAUCAAGGAGCAAGAAAACGACCUCACGCAACUGCAGCAGGUUCUAGAUGGGAAGGAAGAGUUGGAGAAACAGCAUAGAGAGAACAUCAGGAAGCUGAAUGCUGUGGUAGAACAGCAAGAAAAAGAGCUGACCAGGUUGCAGAUGGAUUCAGACGAGCUGCAGGAAAAAAAUAGGAGCCUCCAGGUCGCCCUUGACAACUCUUAUAAGGAGCUGGCAGAACUUCACAAGGUGAACGCCAGCAGAGCCAGUGAAGUUGAAGAGGCAGCUCUGAGCAGGGAAAUACAAGCCAAGGAGCGGCUGAGCCUGGCUCUUGAGAAGGCCCAGGAGGAGGCCAGAUUGCAGCAGGAGGCACUGGCCAACCAGGUGGCUGACCUAAGGCUUGCUCUGCAGAGGGCUGAGCUACAGCAGGCAAGGAAAGAAGAUUAUUUGAGGGAAGAGAUCAGUGAGCUACAGCAGAGACUGCAAGAGGCAGAGAAUAGGAAUCAGGAGCUCAGCCAGAGUGUCACAUCAGCUACACGGCCAUUACUGCGACAAAUUGAAAACUUGCAGGCAACAUUGGGUGGACAGACAGCAUCCUGGGAAAACCUUGAGAAGAACAUCUCUGACAGGCUGGUGGAUGCGCAGGCACAGCUCGCCGUUGCUGUGGAAAAGGAAAGAUCAACUGCAGAAGAACUGAUAUCCAUCAAGCCCCAGCUGGUCUCUCUAGAAUCCCAGAGUUCCUUGCUCCGCCAGGAAAAAGCCAGGCUCCUGGCACAACUGGAGACCGAGAAAAACAAGAAAGAAAAACUGGAGGAUGAAAGCAGCAGGGGCCAUGCUGAGUUGGCAAAUCUGCGAGGAGAACAUAAUCGCUUGCUGGAGGAAGCCAAAAAAGAAAAGCUCUUGCUGAUCAACCAGCUAGAGAUGGAGAAGAUGAAGGUGGAGCAAGAGAAGAAAAAAUGCUACUUGGCACAAGAAGCUCUAAAGGAAAAGGACCGGAAGGCAGUGAGCCACUUUGUUGGAGAACCCCCAGCAUCUUCCACACCCUCCCUGUCCCGUUCCAGCUCCAUCAGUGGAGUGGACACCUCUGGUUUCCACACGUCUCUUCUUUCCCAGGACGACUGUUUAGAUAACCCACUGGGAGUGAUGACCAUGUCUGUGUCAGUGAGUGGGACAAACCUGUACGAGGCCGCCAGAUUGUCUGGGGGUUCCAGUAUCGUUGAGAACCUCCAGUCUCAACUCAAACUGAGAGAAGGAGAAAUAGCGCAGCUACAGCUUGAGAUAACCAAUUUGGAGAGGAGUCGUUCUGUGAUGGCAGAAGAGCUGGUUCGACUCACAAAUCAAAAUGAUGAGAUGGAGGAAUCAGUAAAGGACAUUCCUAAGCUGACAAUUCAGCUCAAGGAUCUGGAGCAGAGGCAUAACACCAUUUUGCAGAUGUAUGGAGAAAAGGCUGAGGAGGCAGAGGAACUGAGACUCGAUCUUGAAGAUGUCAAGAAUAUGUAUAAAACUCAGAUUGAUGAAUUGUUGCAGAACCAGAAAUAAACACUCACUGUUUUAUUUCUGGGGCAUAAGUAAGUUGAUCAUGACUGCUGCAAAUGUCUUCAUACAAACAUAUAGAGCAAAGAAGUAAAAACACUAAUUUUCAUUCAAUCAUUAUAUAAAAUAUUUAAGAGGGAAUGUUGAUAUGCAAAUCAUAAUGCACAUCACAGAAUGAAUGUGAAAGCUAGUCAUACAUUCAUGCAUCCAUCUGGGAUUGUUGGGGCUUUAGACAUGAUUGAAUCUUUGAUAGUCUGUAUGCAUAUAGUGUUUUAACUAUAUAACAUGGUGAAAAUUCUUUUUUUUUGUUUUGUUUUCCACUGCACUAUUAAAACUCAUCCAUUAUUUCUUUCAUGCAUAUUCAGAAGGAUUUAACGAUUAUACAUAUAUUUAAAAAAGAAAAAAAAACUAUUGUACAUAGAAGUGUAUGUAUCACUCUUAACACCGUACAAAUCACAAAAUGUGGUGUGGACCCCAGAGCAGAAGAAGAGAUUUUAUACUGUAUACAUAUGUAAAUCAAUAAAAAGUUAUUUGUGUUUCAGAAAAAGUCACUUAAUUUAAAUGGUAUAAAAUCCUAUGUGAAGUUAGCAUUUUAUUUGCUUUCAAUGCUAGACCAAAUUGGAAAUAAAUUCUAAGAACUGAGUAAAUUAA